UCUUGAUAUGACAUGACAUUUGAAAAUCAUCUGUUUUGUGCAAAUACCGAACAUAAUUAUAAUUUGUUUUAAUUAAUUUAGUUCAGACAGUAAUUUUAAUUUAGUAUAAUUUAAAUAGUUAAAGUGUUAAAAGUGUGUGAAUCACAAAUAUGGCUACGCCUGCCGAUGUAAGAUCGCAGUUCGAAGCAAAAUUAAAAGACUCGCCAAAUCAUAACUUCCACCCUUUGGACUUGGAUCGAGUGAAGGACGAAAAAUACCUUCGUAGAGUGUUAAAACAUGUUGAUAACGAUAUAAAACAGGCUGUAGAUAUGUUGUGGGAUAUAUUUACUUGGCGGAAAUCCGUUGGAGCGAAUGAAAUUAAUGAAUCUAAUAUUAGGAUGGACUAUAUAAACGAAGGGGUCUUUUUCCCGCGAGGUCGUGAUAUUGACGGUUGCUUAUUGUUAAUAAUAAAGUCAAAAAUGCAUGUUAAAGGACAGAAAGACUUCGAAGAGGUAAAAAAAGCAAUUAUUUACUGGUUUGAUCGAAUUGAACGCGAGGAAAAUGGGAAUAAAAUAACUUUGUUCUUCGAUUUAGAUGGCUGCGGUCUUAGUAACAUGGAUAUGGAGUUGAUUAAUUACUUGAUAACAUUAUUCAAAAUUUAUUAUCCAUAUUUCUUAAACUAUAUAAUUAUUUAUCAAAUGCCAUGGGUUAUGUCUGCCGCAUUUAAAGUUAUUAAAUCUCUUUUGCCUGCUAAAGGUGUUGAAAAGAUGAAAUUCGUUGGUAAAGAUACAUUAAAAGAUUUUGUAACUCCCGAACAAGCGUUGACCUGCUGGGGAGGUAAAGAUAAUUAUACUUUUGAAUUUAUACCUGAGAAUAAAUCUAAUGAGAUAAUGUCAAAAAAGGUGACAUUUGCGGAGCAAGGGGAUGGUCAACAUUCUCCUGGAGAGAUGUUACGUAUAACACCAAAUGAUACUAUUAUAUUCAAAGCAGAAAAUGAUGAUAUAACAGGACAAAUCACUAUUACAAAUAUGGAUGAGAGCGUAAUAUCUUUCAAAAUCCGUACAACAUCCCCGGAGAAGUUCCGAGUUCGACCGAGCAGUGGUGUUCUACCCAGUGGUAUUUCCCAAACAAUUCUUAUUGUAGUACAACCAGGUUUUCAUUUGCGUACAGUCACUAAAGAUCGUUUCCUAGUUAUGUCGGUACAAAUACCAAAAGCUGAUUUAUCACAAAAAGAAAUAACCGAAAUCUGGCAGAAUUCUUCUGGCAGUAAGGUCGAUGAGUAUAGACUAAAGUGUCAUUUCCCUGAAAAGGCAGUAUCCAAGAAUGGUAACUUGAUGGACAAAGAACCGGAGAAAUCAGAUACGGUGACAAACGCGUUGAAUAAUCUACAAAUGAAUUAUGAAGUUUUACACAGGCAAAUAAAUAAGCUGAAGAUUUACCAGUUCUUCACGUUGAUGUUGACAGCUGUUGCAGUACUGCUCGGUUACCUAGUCUACAAGAAUAUGAAUGAUGAUAGAUAUUGUGACAGUAUUUAGCCAUUAGAGUAUGUGGUAUUCAAUACCACAGUUAAUAUCAAAUCCGUCUUAGAUGGAUUGAUAAUUGUUACAUUAAUAAUAAACACUUUCUUGUACGUAAGAUAUUGUCAACUUGUGCAUAAAGUUGAUAUGUUACACAAUGAAAAUUGAAAAACAUAGUUCCAAAUUAAAUCUUUAAAGUGUGUAAAGAAAUUGUACAAGUAAUUUUCACUGCAAACAUUAUAUAGGCUUUGUCUUUCUCUUUGGAGAAAAAUCAACAAAUUUUAAUAAAAGUUUAAGCUGUAAAAGUUAUGAGUAAUUCAAAUUGAUGACCUGCAGAUCAGCUCACAGCAUAUAUGUGACGCAGAUUAUUGAACUGUCUCGCAGCUCAGUUCAAUUUGUACCUGCACCGGUAAUGUCACUAUGUAGGUCACGGCUUGUCGUGUCACAUAGUUAUAGUAUAUCAUGAUGAAGUGUGAACUAUCAAUUUAGUUGCGUCAAUUGUUUGAGGCUAUGUGACUUGAACUUUUGUCCAUCUGUUUAAGUGCACUUUG